UUUUUUUUUACUGUACAACCGAGAGCGAAACCGUAAACAAGCGUCGAUCCUGACGUCCUGUGACUCUCAUGCAAACCAGGAAAAGGGCUGAUGUUUUUUUUUUUUAUUACCUCCCGACAUGACGACAGCGGGAGCAGGUGAGCAGGGCGACGUGUGGCGGUGUGGGCGGAGAGGAAGGAGCCGAGCAGGUAGACGCUCCGUCUCUUCAUGAAGAUCACAGUCUGCUGAGAGUCUCCCGACAAAAAACCCACCGACAGCCGUCUUUACUGCGGAUUUAAAGGGCUUUACAGCGGUGAAGAGCCAAAUGGAAAUGCAAGAGGAAAAAGAAAGGCCCGAGAUCGGCCAGUUGAUCUCUGUGCCUCACAAGGACACGAUCCGUCUGCUGGAGGUGUACGUCAAGCGCAGCCUCAGCCUGAAUGAUGGCGCGCUGAAAGAUAAGAGGGCUGAGAAGAAGCAGAAAUGGGUGACCAUGCCGAAAAGGCACCGGAGACAUUCCAGCGACCCCUCCCUUCACUUGGCCGAGGGGUUAAGCGACGGGCGAAUUGGUGACUUUUCUGAGGUUGACCCUUCAAAAAAUGUGCCUGAGACAUGUCCCGAAGAGCCGGAAAAGCCUAAAAAGAAGAAAAAAAAGUCCAAGAAACCCUCACUGUGGAAAAGUUUUAUUGGAUUUUUCUCUCAGAAGAGCAACAAGGACAAAGACGAGGACGAGGACGAAGACAGUCCACCAGAGAUGUCCGAGUCUGCUGUCGCUGCCAACGACUGCCAGCCUGCGACUCCUGUCACCCCACGGAAGAAGUCCAUGAAAAGGAAGUCCAUCAGAAGGAGGUUCUCAAAAAAACAUAUAACUCUGAUCAAACCAAAUAAACCUGGUAAAGAACUCGUCCCUGAUGACAUCACUGGAGUCGAAGAUGUCAUCAGCGUAGAACCGACGUACUCUUAUUACGAGAAGGUGACGGACGAGCUGCAAAAAAUUGUCCACGAGGUCAAAGAGGAAGCCAAACCUCUUUCAGAUGAGGAAGUGAUCGAAAGAAUCAUUGCGUUGACAAAGCAGCAGGGGGAUGCCAUAGACUAUAAGUUGAAAGAUAACCCAACCCUGAGCAACUUCUUCCAGGGGAUGACGUACUCGUCCUUCCAGAAGCUGGCCGAUGAUUAUCUGGCGAAAGAAGCAUCACCGACGCACAACCCCCCCACCGUGCUACCAACGGCACCUGAGCUGGUCAAACUAGCCUUCACACUCGACUUCACAGCCAGGAUAGCGGGGCUUUCCAGACAGAACAUGGGCCACAUUACUGGCCUGGGGAACCGUUAUCUAGAGGAUCGAUUUAAAUACAGACAGGCCUGCACAGAUCACCCAUGGUCCGACAGCGAUGACUGAGACAGCGCCGUGCAAGCACAAAACUUCAAGUGAAGCCUUUGCGUUACUGUCAGCACCACAGGCGUGGUUAAGGAUGUGUUGCAAUCGUGAGUUCCUUUAUACAUAUGUUGUUUUAAAUGACAAGGGGCUAACUAAAACAAGCUGUAUACAGGCACACAAUUGUUGCCAUUUUUAUUAGAUUUUUACUAUUUUGUGAUGGAAUACUUCUGCUGCAACAGCAUGUUUACUGAGCAAACAGUCUGGUAGGUUUGAGCACCUGCGUUUGGACACUGAAGCUGACUUUCACAUGGACGGUCAACAGAGAAACAGACCUUAGUAAGCACUCUCAUAAAACACAAUGGAGAAAAGCAAUAUGUGAAAAUCACAACAAGUAGGUGUUCUACAAGCAGCACUUUAAAUAUUAUGCUCUUUUCGCCAAAUUAAUUGUGUACAUUGAUUUGUAAGAAUCCAGAAGAGCCGUGCAAUAAUGUGUAUAAGCUAGAAAACUUAGUUAAAUAAUUUUUACACAUGUGACGAUGUUUGUUAUUAUGAAUGCUGGCGUUCAUAUUAUACACUCAAAUAAAAAACACCUAAUUUAACAUUCAAA